ACAAUGCAAAUAUGUUAAGGUUAUGUUUCUGUAAAUGUUUUAAAAGUGUUCUUGUUUGAGUAUUUUGUUUUGUUAGUUUUCGUUUUAAUUUUUAGUUCUUUUAGAUUUAUGAAUUGCGUAGAUCCGUUUUAUUUAGAAAUGGACCAACUCAUUGAAGAGCAAAUUCAAAAGGUGUGUACUUCACUUUUUUGUCAACUUUGCGAUGUAAAGAUAACAAGUCUGAGCGUAGAGCGUUCUCAUUAUUCAUGUAAGCGCCAUUUAGAGGAAGUUGCCUUAUAUAGAUCAGAAUUAUUAAGGGAAUGGUCGACGAAAAAAGCGCAAAUAAGUCUCUAUUCAGUGAAGGCCACAAAUGCAGGAAUAACUGCUUCAAAGAAGAGUUUGCAAGCCGUUGGAAGCGAUCAGUAUGAAAUUCCGAAAAGGAUAAACAGUCCUGGUCCAUCGGUAGCUAACCAAUGUUCUGUAUGCAACACAUCAUUUAGUGCAGAACACGACUUUAAGGAACAUAUGCAAAUGUAUCCUCAUCAACAGUUAGCUAAACUAAAGUCAGACCUAGUAAAGAAAGGAAUUUUAAAUGAAUACUGGACUGUUGAUGCAAACGGCUAUGUCAUAUGCUGUAUUUGUAAUGCUCAACUCCAAACAAGUAAUUCUAUGCAAUUGCAUAUGAAUACUAAUCGCCACAAUCAAAUGUUUCAGUUUUGGUGUAGUUUGUUUACCGCAGACAAGACUGACGAGCAGUUUUAUUGUAAAACAUGUAACACAAAGUUACAUGGAGCGAGUGAAGCUAAAAAACAUUAUUCGACUGACGUCCAUAUAAGACACGCUCAAAAUAUAUCUGCGACGUCUUCCAUUCAACAAAAGCAUGAGGUUAAAGUAUCUUCGGCAAACCAUGAUCCACCUACACCCACUUUACCGCCUGAACGAACGGAUAAACACCAUGAAGAUAACAGCAUGACAAACCCUAAAAAACCCAGCUUUUGUUCACCUGAAUUGGGUGCCAAUCAAGUCAAAGAUACUGCCACAAACAAUUCAAUAGUAUGCAAUACCAAAUCACCUGACACCAAGACUGAGGAGUGUAGAGAACCUCUAUCUCUAUCUAAACUAAAACAGGAAGUUUUUAAUGAACUGGAUCGUCUCGUUCAGAAACUUUACUAUUCAAAUACAGUGCCUUACAUAGUGUCUUUAGAAUACCUAAAGCGAAUUAACAGAGAAGUAGAUGAGUUGGCGAAAAAGAAUGAUGAUAAGAGACAUAAAGCUUCGAAAGAAAGAGUUGUGAUAAAACCAGAACCCAAAACUGAUUAUCAAGAGAUUUACAGUUGUGAUUUUAUUAAAGAAGAAACCAAUAAUAAUAUUGAUGAGAUGUUGGGAAAAGAUCAAUAUAUUGACACUGUGAAUGUGAACUCAUUGCGGAAAAUGUUAAUGAACCCAAAAGUUCGGGAUAUUUCCCCUAAAAAAACCUCGCUAUCAAUGGGUUCCGAAUGGGACGAAUUGGAUUUGCCAAAUAAUGAGGUCUAUGCGGACGAUUCGGGAAAAUUAAUUUUGCCUAAAAUUUGUCCCAUUUUAACUAACAAUGCAAAUCAAACAAAUUUCGAAGCGUCAACAAGCAAACCCGAAACUUUUCUUAUAGUGAAACGUUCAUCUGUAAACGAUGUGUUACCAAAGAUAGUUCAGAAGAAGGCCGCAAGCAUAUCGGAGCUGCUCGAUAAAAUACAGCAAAAAAAGCAUGAUAUGUUAACGGAUAAAUCGGAAGAAGGGCGUCUGGAAAGGGAGCUUUUGAGUGAAAUAGAAUUUCUCAUGCUGCAGAUCGAAAAUAGCAACAUACCACUGGAGGAAACCUUGAAAUGCUUAGAAAAGUUUAACAAGGAAUUGGACAAGCAAGUUUCUAGCGAACAAUUAAACGGGAAAUCAGAUGGUCGCUUACCAGAUGAUGAGAAAAGUGACACAGAACUAGCUUCAAAAGGGAAAGUAGGAAAUGAGCACACAAAUGCCCCUGAUAUGAAAAUAGCUCAAAAUAGUGAAGGAACGUCACAAGCGAAAAUCAACCAAGGAGGACAUGAAGUCUUUUAUGCCGAUGAAUCAGCUCGAAGUAACGAAGGUAAAGUGGAACCCGAGGAGAAUAUACUAAAAGAGUCGAAACUCGAGGAAACAAGGUCUGUUCAGCAAGAUUUGCCAGUGGAAUCAUCGGAACUGUAUGAAAAGAGGCUUAGUCUGGAUUUCUACAGUUAUUACAGCGGAACUAAUUUCUAUAAGUUUGCAGACUUUCGGAAUGUGUACUUGAAUGGCUCAAUGGAGGAGUUGGAAAACUGGAAUGCAUUAAGAAACAAUAAGCGUUUGCUGCAAGAGAAAUGAUAAUGGUACUGCGCAGAGCAAAGGAGGUAAACAAAAUGAAUGUCAAUUAUAAUAGUUGCAAAUAUCAGUGGCUUAUUAGAGAUUAGUAGUAUGUGUGACCAUGGUUGUUUUCCGGUUCUAUUUUACGCUCUUCCAACUAAGCAAAGCUAGUUUAUUAGCAACAAACUGAAAAUUUAGUUAAAGUCGACUAUAGCGUUUUUCGGACAGUAUUUUUCAAAACCUGCAUUUAAAAAAUUCCUCUUAAAAUCGCCCACCAAGUAAAUUUGCCGGUGUAUUAAUGAAUCACUCUAUAUAUUUAGUAAAAGUGUUUCGAACUAUGUUCUUGAGAAUUUGUAUUUUUUUUUAAUUGUAUAUUUAAAGUUGAAACCGAUCUGUAAUAAGAAUUGGCUUGGUUCAAUUCUGAAUAUGGUAUGUUUAGUUUAUCUUUAAUCUUGUUGUGUUUGAAGUUCAAUUAAAACGAAUAUUUAUUCGUUGAA